AUGCCGAAAAGAAGGCAAGGUGUUUGGAAAGACAGCGAGGAAGAGGACGAGGAAUAUAAAGCAGCAAGUGCAGGAAGCAGCGAAUCGGACGGGGAAUCGGAAAGAUCGUUCGAGAAAGAGGUAGAACAGGAGGAAAAGAAGGCGGAGCAGGAGAAAAGAAGGCGGCAGGUUGAGCAGAAGAGGCAGCAGAAGGCCGAGCAGCGGAAAUCCGAGGAGCAGGCCUCGCCUCGGCGGACCAGGCACAGAAAGAAGAUCAAUUACAACGAAGAUGCAUUGAUGAGAGAUCUGGACGAGGAGAUCGACGAGGAGGAAGAGGAGGUGGACGGCGGGGUGCGGAAGCGCCGCAAGGUGGGCAGCGGGAUGUCAGGAAGCGGCAGUGAGGCAACGGAGGACGAGAAAGCUGGAAAUUCCAGCGGGGAAAAGCAUGCAGUGAAAAAUUCUAGUGACAGCGACUUUGUGCCCGACAUGGAGGAGCACGAGGAGCCCGCAGAUGCGGAUUUCGUGGUUUCAGACUCGGACUCGGUGACCGGGGGCCGGCGGCGGCGGAGAAGAAGCCAGAAGCCGCAGUUUGUGGUGAAAGACGACGAGGAAACCGAGGAGGACGGGGAAUUCGAUCCUGACAGCAGCCUGGUGGCCCACCGGGGGCGACCACGGGGCAGCAGGGGGCUUCGGCGGCGUGGCCGGCCGCGGAUCCACCGGGAGGAGGAGGAGGAUGAGGGGGGAAAAAGCGAAAAUAGUGAAAAAGAUGGGAAAAACGACCGCGACGAGCCCAAAACAUUGGAGGAGGAAUUGCAGUCGCUCAAAGAGGAAAACGAGGAGAACGGGCUCCCGAACGGGGAGGGCGAGGGGGAAGGCGAGGGGACACCCGUGCACCGGCACUUACGCCGGCGCAAGCAGGUCAACUACACGCUGCCGCCGCCAGUUUUGACGGAUGCGCAGAUCGAGCAGAUGGAUGCGGCUGCGCGCGGCGCCCUGGCGCACGACUCCCCACGCCGUAGGGCUGGGCGCUACGGCGGCGGCUCCAUGUACGGCAGCUUCCACUCAGCGCAGGGGGUGCGCAGGCUCUUUCCCACUGCGGGGCCUUUUGGCGGCAGCGAGGUGCAUGCGUUAUACGGGCAGGCGCCGGCGCCGGCGUCGGAGUCCGAGGAUAGUGAUGCUACAGCACCAAUUCCCGCAGCAGCGAGCGCAGUGCCAAGCGCAGGCGCACCUGCAGGCGCGGUGGGCGCACCCCCUUCAUCCUCCUCUUCUGACAGCGAGGUCGAGGCGCUCGUGGCCGAGGCCGACCGGCGCUUAGGCGCCUCCCGCACAGGCGCAGGCCGCACUGGCGCAUGGCGCACAACCGUCCAGGAGGGCAGCGCAGCGCCCCGCAGAGGCCGCAAAUCAACCCUCGCCGAUACUGACCCGCUCGGCGGCGGCGCGUCGAUCGACUUCUCCUGCGUCGGCGGCCUUGACCGCUACAUCUCGCAGCUCAAAGAGAUGAUUACGCUUCCGCUCCUGUACCCGGAGUUGUAUUCCCGGUUCCAGAUCUCUCCCCCGCGCGGAGUAUUGUUUCAUGGCCCGCCGGGUACCGGAAAAACUCUCAUGGCGCGCGCAUUGGCGUCGUCGUGCAGCGCAGAGGGGCGCAAGAUCACAUUCUUCAUGCGCAAGGGCUCAGAUUGCCUCUCGAAGUGGGUCGGUGAGGCGGAGCGCAACUUAAGGUUGCUUUUCCAGGAGGCGGAGAAAAAACAGCCAAGCAUUAUCUUCUUUGAUGAGAUCGACGGGUUGGCGCCCGUGCGCUCGUCCAAACAGGAGCAGAUCCACGCGUCGAUCGUCUCGACGCUAUUGGCGCUCAUGGACGGCAUUGACAACCGCGGCCAGGUUGUUGUGAUAGGCGCCACGAAUCGGCCGGAUGCGGUUGACCCUGCGCUCCGGCGCCCUGGGCGCUUUGACCGCGAGUUUUACUUCCCAUUGCCGGAUCUGGACUCGCGUGCGCAGAUCAUCCGCAUCCACACCAAGGGGUGGGCGCAUGCACCAGACGCUGCGUUCACGCGCCUGCUUGCGCGCAUGACGCGCGGCUACGGCGGCGCAGACUUGAAGGCGCUCUGCGCGGAGAGCGCGCUCAACGCCAUCCAGCGCACCUACCCGCAGAUCUACGGCUCGCGCCGGCGCUUGGUGGUGGACGCGUCCCAGGUGCGGGUCUCUGCCGCCGACUUUGCGCGUGCUCUCCGCCGCAUCGUGCCGUCCAGCGCAAGGCCUUCUGGCGGCGCAGCCACGGGCGGUAUUGUAGGCACGGGUGGUGGUGAGGCUGGAACGCUGGGUGCGGUGGGCGCAGGUAGUGUGGAUAGCGCAGAUGGCACAGAUGGCGCGCUCAUGGCGGCGCUGGGACAGCCGCCCUCCGCCAUCCUUCUUGCGGACCAAAUAUCUGUGCUCCGCGCACUGGUGCAGCGCCUCGUGCCCUGCGCAAAACAGCUCUCGGCGCUAGAAGAGGCGCGCUACGUCGAUUUCGGCGCACGCAUGCCAGACGGCGGCUUUCAAAUGCAGCAGGCCGUGCGGCAGCUGGACCAGGCGCGCGUGUUCCGCCCGCGCAUAGUCGUGUGCGGAUUGCCGGGCCAGGCGCAGCGCCAGGUGUGCGAAAGUGUGCUUUCAGCGCUAGAGGGCCUCGUCGUGCAAAAGCUCGACUUCGCGCGUCUUUACAGCGACGCGUCGAUCGUCCCGGAAACUGCCGCCGUGCGCGUUUUCCAGGAGUUGCGCGCGCACGAGCCCGCAGUGUUGUUUGUGCCGGAUAUUCUCGGCUUCUUGGACGGGUGCGCCGUAUCUGUGCGCUCGACGAUUGCCAGCAUGGUGCGCGCACUGCCUGCGCGGGCGAAGGUGCUGAUUUUGGCAACCAUCGAGGACUGCGCGCAGUAUGCGGCAUCGCAGCGCGCAUACGACGAGCAGCUGCGCUUGGUGUUUGGGAUUGAGAGUGUUAGCGCCAGUACAAGUGCCAGCGCCAGCGCCGUCUCCCUGCGCAUUGCCGACCCUACGUCCAGCGCCCGGCGCCAGUUCUUCCGCCGCGUCUGGGACGCCUUGCGGCUGUCACCCGUGGACUACAACGACGUGGCGAUCCGCCCGAAGCGCGUGCUUGCGCAGUUGCCUGUGGCGGCUGGUGCAGAUGCGGAUGGCGCAGGCGGCGCAGAGAGCGCAGCAGCGCAGGCGAAGAGAGAGGCGCGGCGGAGUGCGCGGCGGCGCAAGCUGCGUGCGCGCAGCGACCUGCGGUUGAAAAACACCCUCAAAGUCCGUCUCUCUCGUCUCAUGGACACCUUCAAGACCAGGUACAAGCGGUUCCGCCGCCCCGUCGUCGACGACGCGUAUCUCGUUCAUUUGUUCGAGCAGGCGCCGGAUCCAGCGGCCGCAUACCAAAAAAGUGGCGAUAUGAUCGUGGAGGUGGCCACAGGCAAGAAGUUCUACAACAUGGACUUGGAGGUGAUCGAGGAACGGCUCUGGAAUGGGUUCUACAGCGAGCCGCGGCAGUUCCUGCGGGAUCUGGACUUGAUCGUGCGCGAUGCCAAGGAGUUGGGCGAGCGCGACCGCAUUUGGAAGGCCAACGAGAUGUAUGCGAAUGCGGAGGUGGGUGUUGAGGAUAUGGAGAUGGCGCAGCCGAAGCUUGCGAAGGAGUGGAAGGAGUUGUACCGGCGUGAGCGUCGGCGUGCGCAGGAGAGCGCGGAUGCAAAUGUGCAGCCUCAAGACGCAGACGUGCAGCAUCGCGAUGACGCAGCGCAUGCAGGUACCGCUGCAGGAAACAUCGUCACUUCCGUCGUCAGCUCCUCUGGCCCACAGAUGCAGGCCCAGGCACAAUUGCAGACCGGGGUGCCUUCACAGCAGCAUGGAGAACUCGAAGAUGCCGAAAUGAGGCAGGACGACCGCGAUAUGACGCAGGUUGAACUGCCUGGAAACCCUAGAAAGGACGGAAGUGAGAUUGUUGGUGGAGGAGACAGGUCUAAAGAGGAUGGAUUAAAUGAGCAUGUGGAGAAGAGCGAGGUGAAUCAGAAGGAGGAGAUUGUUCAGAAGAAAGAGAUUGUUCAGAAAGAAGAGAUUGUUCAGAAGGAGACUGUUCAGAAAGAGAUUGUUCAGAAAGAGAUUGUUCAGAAAGAGACUCAUCAGAAAGAGAUUGUUCAGAAAGAGACUCAUCAGAAAGAGAUUCCUCAGAAAGAAGAGAAUGGUCAACAAAAUGACAACCUCAACAUUCAAAAUGCCCUCGUUCUUGAUCAAAACAUCCCAGAUACCGUCUCUUUGGAUUCAGACAAAGUCGAAAAUCUCCAAAACGAGCUCUUGAGCAAAACUGAAGGUGCUAGAGCUGAAUCUUUGGAAAGUAUAUUCAGCCGCCUCAUCCAGAUCGUUUGGGAUAACAGACUUGAAACCGACAAGUCACGUGCCAUCUCCCAAAUGGACGCCUUGAUUGGCUCUUUGUAA